AUGUCCAAGUUCUGGCCCAAAGGAGGCCUUCCCGGUAUCCUGCACCACUACACCGAAACCCUCGUCACAUUCGAAUCCACCUCCAGCACCGUCCGCCAACCGCACAGUCUCCUCUUCGUCGGCGGACUCGGCGAUGGCCUCGCAACAACAUCCUACAUGGCCGAUCUCGCCCACUCCCUACAGCAAACCGAAUGGUCCCUCUUCACCCUCAACCUCACAUCCUCCUACCAAUCCUGGGGCCUCGGCCAUCUCGACCGCGACACGGACGAGAUCGCCCAGUGUCUGGAAUACAUCAAAAGCUACAAAGGCGACAAAUUCGGCGGCGGCAAGAUCGCCCUGAUGGGCCAUUCCACGGGCAGCCAGUGCGUGCUGCACUACCUCUCCAAGCCAAACCCGCACACCAAGAUCCCGGCCUUCGACCCGGAGAUCGAACACAUCAAGCGGCCCGUGCUGGACGGCGCGAUCAUGCAAGCGCCCGUUUCGGACCGCGAGGCUAUCUUCUGCGUGUUGAAGUGGGGCAUUGGAGAUACGACGCCUGAGAAGGCACGUGCGGUAUAUGAUGAGAUGGAGGCGCUGGCCAAGGCGGCUGUUGCCGAGGGCAAGCCCCAUGAUACUAUCCUUCCUCUGGAGUUGACUUCUAUGAUUUAUCCUGCCAAUACGCCGAUUAGCUGUCGCAGAUUCUUGAGUCUGGUUAGUCCUGAGAGUCCGCAGUCGCCGCAGGAGGAUGAUCUGUUCAGCUCGGAUCUCAGCGAUGACCACUUUUUGACUACCUUUGGUCGGAUUCAAGAGCAGGCACUGUUGAAUCAUAAGCUGAUGGUAUUGAUCUCUGGGAAGGAUCAGUCGGUUCCUGAUUAUGUGGAUAAGAACAAGAUGCUGGCGAGGUGGCAGAAGGCUACGGACCAUGAUGGCAAAUAUCAGAUUUGGGAUCAAACGCACACUGGCGUUAUCCCUAAUGCUUCUCAUGCUUUGAGUAAUGAUGACCAAGCUGAGGCGCGGAAGUGGCUUGUUGAGAGGGUCUUGGGAUACCUCAAGACGGCGGUGGAUAGAUCUUGA